GGAUACAAUAGGCGAUAAGUAUCAUGACAGUCAUUAGCAUCUGUAUAAUUUCGUAUUGCGGAAGAAAAUAAAGCAAAUAAUAUUCAUAGGAACAAGUCGACAACAUUUGUGUACGGGUGCCGUCCUCCAAAACCCAGGCAAAACGGUAGGAUCGCUUCUUCUAGCCUUUCAAGUAUAUAGUCGCGUUCGGGCUUUUUGAUCCAUUUAGUUUAGUGGCGAAUCGGGCGGUCAACAUGAAGACUUCGAAGCUGCAGCUUCUGAUCUUCGCGAUUUUUUUCGGGAACGCUAUCGCCCUGGACUUGCAGCUCCUGUUGAACAACGAAACCGUCAAUCCUCUGGAUUUUCUGAUACCUACGGUGGAUGCGGAAAAUGAAAAAUGCAGGGAGCACAGCUUGCUGUACAAGGAGGAGCUUUCCAAGUUUACCGUUUGGGCUACUGACAUGUUUGAUGCUUCGACCAAAUUCCCAAGUGGUAUUUUCUUCGGAUCCAUAUUCGAUACGGGUAAUUUCGACGAGUGUAUCAAGGUACACCUACCAGAAGAGAUAGGUUUUUCUGGUCAACAUUGCAUGGCCCAUUUCAAAAUCAAGCCUUUAAGUCCGGUGAAAGUGGGGAAGGGUCAUGAGCUUGAGUAUGACUUGUACGAAAAUAUAUUCAACAUAACCACCUGGCAUAAGAUCACAAAAUAUGCCCAGGAUGGGUCCAAACAAUCAAGGGACGAAGUUUACUACACUUUCUGCAUCCCUUCCAGCUGUACCUACAAAGAUUUGGAGGAUUCACUAAAGGCAAAGAUAAAUCUCUUGAAGGAUUUCCUUCCAUUUAGUCUUCACGCAGAUGUGAACCCAAUGAGCUGUCAAGUGGAAAGGGAGUUCAAUUUUGACACAGCAGAUUACCUGUUUAUGGGUAUUGUUGGAGGUUUCAUUACUUUUGGAGUUAUUGCCACGCUGUAUCAUUUGAUCACAAAGUUAGAAGGCAUGAGUUCAUACAGAUUAUCAGGUAAGGCUCACGACGUUCUCCAAGCUUUUUCUUACUCCCACACGAUAAAAAAGAUGGCAUCUGAGUCAAGCUCCGAAGACGGUAUGGAAUGCAUGCAUGGUAUGAAGACUAUCUCUAUGUUUCUGAUCAUAAUGGGACACAGGAUUAUGUUCUCAGUCAGUUCACCUGUAGGAAAUCCAAUUUUUGUUGAAAGUAUCUACAGGAAAGCGGAAUUUUCAGCUCUACUAAAUGGACCAAUCGUGGUGGAUACAUUCUUCACAAUUUCUGGAUUUCUUGCGUGUUACCUGAUCCUCCUAGAGAUCGAAAAGAGGCAAAAGAUGAUAAAUGUUCUCAUGAUCUACGUUCAUCGUUUUAUCAGAUUAACUCCAGCGUAUGCAGUGGUUCUGGCGUUUUACUGUACGAUUUUUGUGCAAAUGGGGGAUGGUCCCUUUUGGCAGGAAAGGAUAGGGGUGGAGCAAGAACGCUGUUUGAACACCUGGUGGGCGAAUCUCUUCUACCUCAACAACUAUAUCAAAAAUGAUCAAAUGUGUAUGUUCCAAUCUUGGUACCUCACCUGUGACACGCACUACUUUUUACUGGUGCCUUUCGCUGCUUAUUUGCUGUGGAAGAAGCCCAAGGUUGGGGUGUUCUUCUGUUCCAUCAUCAUCUUAGUGGCAGUUGUUGUGCCGUUCAUCGUUAUCUACAGGGAAAAGGAAGAACCCUUUUUGCUACUCUAUAUGAAAUUGCUUCGGGACCCAGUCGCCAACAAAACUUUCCAGUCUAUAUACACACCCAGCCACAUGAGAAUGAGCCCCUAUUUCAUAGGUGUACUGGGAGGAUACCUAAAGUUCAGGCUGAGGAAAUCGGGAGCUAAACUUCCGAACCACAUAGUCUACCCCACAUGGGUGGUCGGUUUCAUAGUAGCUUUCUCCAUAAUCUUCACAGGAUUCUUAUUCUACAUUCCCACGGAACACAAGGAUUAUCUCCUGUCCAGUUUGUAUGGAUCGCUGCAUCAUUUCCUGUGGAGCGCCUGCAUGACCAUGCUUAUUAUCCUUGUAUCAGAGGGUUAUGGAGCAUGGUUUGCUCCUUUCCUGAAUUGGAGACCUUGGGCUCUCUUGGGGAGAAUCACCUAUACAGCAUAUCUUAGUCAGGGUGCAGUUCUACUGUAUACUGCCGGAAUUACUAGAUCUCCAGUUUAUACAGGGAUGUUCAAUUUGUUCAACUUUACAGCUUCUGACAUUGUUCUUUCUUACGUCGCUGGAUUCUGUCUCAGCUUGGUUUUUGAAUCCCCUUUCAUACAACUGGAGAAGAUCAUUUUGAGAGGAACAAGUGGUCAAUCUGAUAAACAAGUCGAAACGAAGAAGAAAGAGAAGAAAGGAGUGAGAAACGAAGGUUUCGUCGAUAUUUACAUACCAAAAAUUACAACGUUGCACAACACUGACAAAGGAACGGACACAAUCCCAAGGAAUAGAUAUCAAGAACGAUUCUAAGGAAAAAGAAUGACAAUACAUCCCUGUGUUUUCAAUACAGCGUCUGGUCCAUUGUACUGAGAAUUCUCAAUUUUGUAUAUAUUAGUUUUAAUCUAUUUCUAUAAGGCUGUUUUACUUGGAAUAAAAUGUCCAACAUUUGGAUUGAUUUAUUUUGUCAAUGAUACUUUUGAUUAAAAAACUU